CGCAUCCCCUCCCUUCUUCACCACUGCGGCUCCCUCUUCCACCUCCAACGCAAAGACACAAGAGGCCUAGCUAGGUAGGUAGCUUCCCCAUACCCUGAAGCCAUGGCCGCCAAGAACCCUUCAUAUUUCCAAAGUAUUCCUCUUCAGCAAAUCAUCGAGCAAAAGGAGCUUCGCUUGCACUUGUACAUAUUCCAGCAAUGGAGCAAAGGCCCUCGACAGAACCAGCAAAUUAUGACAAACUUACAGCUCCCCAAUCAGUGCGGUCUCAGCACUGUAAAUGACUGGCCUAUACGGGAUGGCCCCGGCCACAACGCAGACAUUGUUGCCCGUGGCCGAGGCCUGCAUUUCGGGACCGCUAUCGACGAAGCAUACUAUUUUCACUCUUUCGUCAUCAUUUUUACCGACGAGAGGUUCAAGGGAUCCAGCCUUCAGGUGCUCGGAACUUCGAAGGCUAGCAGUCCAGAUGGUGAAUGGGCGAUCACCGGUGGGACCGGAGAGUUUGCCUUCGCACAAGGUGUUGUUGCUCACAAAAUGUUCGGGAGAGAUCACGCUUCUUGUUUCAGGGAGCUUCACAUCCGUGUUUUGUGCCUCGCCUUUCCAAAACCAGUCCUUGUCACCAAGAUUGGACCAUGGGGUGGGCAUGGAGGAAAAGAAUUUGAUAUCCCAGAGUUGGUACCUCAACAUCUAGAAAGUGUGACAAUUAGAAGUGGUGUUGUCAUUGACUCCAUUGCGUUCUCCUACGUUAAUCAAGCUGGAAAGAAGCAAACUCUUGGUCCGUGGGGUGGUGAUGGUGAACUUAGUGACACGAUCACUUUUGCCCCUUUAGAGAUUGUGAAGGAAGUUUCGGGAACAACCGGUACUUUCGGCGGAGAUACUGUUGUGACAUCGCUUACUUUCGUCACAAAUGUGAGGACAUAUGGACCUUUUGGAAAACCAAGCGGUGCUGCUUUCAGUGUCCCUCUUACGGACACUAGCGUUGUGGGCUUCUUCGUCCGUGCUGGAAGACUUGUUAAUGCUAUCGGGGUUUAUGUGCGUCCUUCUGUUCAAAAUUAUUAGUACAUAUGUUGCUCAAGAAUAACCAGCUCUUGGACGAGCUGGCAUGUUAUGGGUUGCACUGGUCUCAUGUAUUACAACUUGGUUUUCCUUUUAGGGUUUCAUGCAUUUGUUACAUGUUAUAUGUAUGGCUACUAGCACGGAUCAGGCAAUCUCACGCGCGUGGCUGUGUUGAAGUUUCUGGAUUUAAAUUAAUGUUGACUUUAAGA